AUGUUCCCUUUCGACAAAAACGUUCUCCCCCAGCUCCCUACUCGGAAAGGCUUGCUGGUUAUUGACUUCCAAAACGACUUCCUUGCUGCCGAUGGCGCACUGUCCGUCACCGGACCAAAUGACCUCGUGUCCAACACUCUCGACCUGGUCAAGGCCUUUCGCAAAGUUGGCGACAUCAUCUGGGUAUGCACUGAGUUCGACAAGCCCCGCCCCUCAGCGGACGAACAGAUCCUAGCCACCGAUGUCCUCCCGAAGCCCACCAUCAUGGCUCGUUCUCGCCGACGACCUGCGGCCUCCACGCCCGAGUACGAUGACGCCGCCAUUGCCGACGCCGACCCCGAGGCCUUCCUCAGCCGGCCCGGCCCACCCAUUGUUCACUCCACCACUUCCGGCGCCCAGUUACCUGCCGUCGUCCAGGAAGCUCUGGCUCCCCGGGACAUAACCUUUAUCAAGUCUCACUAUUCGGCCUUCAAGUCGGGCCAGUUGCUUCAGAUGCUACGCGUCAAGUUCAUCACCGAGCUUUUUCUUUGCGGCUCUCUCGCUAACAUCGGCGUCUACGCAACUGCUGUCGACGCCGCCAAGUAUGGCUAUUCCAUCACUCUUGUUGAGAAUUGCUGUGGUUACAGAUCUGACCUUCGCCAAGGCAAUGCUGUGCGUAGUCUGGUCGAUGUAACCGGUUGCGAGGUCGAGGACAGCCAGGAUGUCAUUGACAAGCUGCAACCCAAGAAGAAUCUGCCCUCCCGCACACCCGCCUCUUCGUCCCCUGUUGUGCCAAAGAGACUCAAAGAGACAAGUGGCAGCCUUACACCUGCACGUGAUGCUUCGAGCGCCAAAUCAAUCGAAGAACAGAUGGCUGGGCUCAAAAUUACUAACAGUAGCUCCUCAGCCGCAAUGACGCGUACGCCAGGCCCAACUCCUACGGAUUUUGGACGCACAAUCGUCCAUGACACGCUAGAAGUCGACCCGGCCGCACAGCCGCCACCGCCGACCCGAAGUGACUCACCUUAUAAGGAAGCUUCUCGAAUCCAACCCGAGGGAGCACAGGCAAGGGAAACCACUGCAACAUCACCGCCAGCUCUAAUGAGGGGAAAGAAUGUUACAAAAGAGCCUAGGAUACUUGGAACAGCUGUUGAUAGCACAUCAGAUUUCAACUCAGAUCUAGAGCCAGAUUCGACACCAGUAUCAGCUGAGACGCAAGAAACAACCAUGGACGGAGAAACAGACGUGGAGAAGAACCACCUGCAAGCCACGGAACCUCUUUGUGAGGGCGACACCACCGUCAUUUAUAACGUGUUGCCCAAACCUCUUGCUGAGGGUAUUUUUGAAAAGGUGAGGGAUGAAGUUCGAUGGCAGAGAAUGUCACACCAGGGCGGAGAAGUUCCUCGUCUGGUGGCUGUUCAGGGCGAGGUGGCAUCCGACGGAAGCAUGCCAGUGUACCGCCAUCCAUCCGACGAGUCGCCGCCCCUUCUUCCCUUCUCGACAACAGUGCUCAGGAUCAAGACCGAGGUUGAGAAACAGCUUGGCCACCCACUGAACCAUGUGCUGAUUCAAUUCUACCGCGACGGCACCGACUAUAUUUCCGAGCAUAGCGACAAGACCCUCGAUAUUGUCAAGGGAUCUUACAUAGCCAACGUCAGCCUGGGGGCAGAGCGAACUAUGGUGUUCAGAACUAAGAGGCGGGAUAAGGACCCGUCCAGCCCUGAGUUACGGUCCGGUGAAGACUCUAAACAGCGCAAGAUUUCUCGUGCGAAAUUGCCACAUAAUUCCCUAUGUCGUAUGGGCUUGAAGACAAAUAUGUGCUGGUUGCACGCCAUCAAACAGGACAAGAGGAUGGACCGUGAAAAGACUCCUGCUGAACUGGCCUUCUCUGGCGGACGUAUUUCCCUUACAUUCCGACAAAUUGGCACCUUUUUGGAUCGCGACAGCACAUUGAUCUGGGGCCAGGGCGCUACCGGCAAGACCAGGGAUGACGCUCACUCAGUCAUCAAUGGACAAAGCCCCGAGGCUGUGGGGAUGCUCCAAGCUUUCGGCACAGAGAAUCACUCAACCAAGUUUGACUGGGACAAGCACUACGGCAAGGGAUUUGAUGUUCUUCACAUGAGCACCUCGCCACGAUUUUGCGCCUCGGCUGAUCCUGUUGUCAAUAUGCGCAUCGCCUUGAUGUUGGCCGAGUAUGGCAUAUCUUACUCAAAAGGGACCAUGUCCUCGUCCUUUAAUUGGAAGGAUGGUAAACAACCUGCCGAAGACACCCUGACGGAUGCUGAGAGCCCGCCAGUCAAGUUUGUCGACAAUGAUGCUGCCAAAUCAACGGUCCAGGGAGAACUGGCGAUUAUGUUGUACGUGGAAGGUGUUUAUGGGUCUGGGAAGUCAGGUGUUGGGAUUAAAGCACAGUCCGAACUUGCAAGAGUCCUGACUCGUUUUCAAGAGGGCCUCGCUCUGCUAGAUAGGUGGGGACGGCCUGAACGAGGCAACAGGGAUAAGCGCGAGUGGAAGCCUCCUAGGAGGGAAUUGGCAAUGUGGAAUAGUUACGCCGGUGAGGAUGACUUCAUUGCCGGACCAACCAUUUCGCUGGCCGAUUUUGCUGUCUGGCCGGUGCUGCAUGCCAUGGUUGAGGAGUCUGGCAUCGACUCACUUGCCACCACCAGCAAACUGGGGGAGUACUACGAAAGAGUAAAGGUUAGGGAACCAACCGCCAAAAUGCUGGGCGUGAGCCUGUCCAAUGGUUCGGAAGCUGCUUGA